AUGUUUGAAGCGCUCAAAGAGGUGCUUGGAGAGAUCAACAACAAGCUCACACAGGUAAAUGAUGAGCUGAACACCCGAAUGGCAACCGAAAACGGCGGUGCGACACGAGCCGCGCCUCAAGUGCAGUAUGUUGGACCAUACAAACUUGAGAAAACUCUUGGUAAAGGGCAAACUGGUCUUGUGAAAACGGGAACUCAUUGUAUUACGGGACGAAAAGUCGCGAUCAAAAUCGUGAACAAGGAGAAACUCUCGGAAUCUGUUCUGCAGAAGGUGGAACGAGAGAUUGCCAUCAUGAAACUGAUCGAGCAUCCAAACGUUCUUCAUCUCUACGAUGUCUAUGAGAAUAAGAAAUAUUUAUACCUGAUUCUCGAGCAUGUUUCUGGCGGAGAACUAUUCGACUAUCUAGUUCGAAAAGGACGGCUGAUGUCAAAGGAAGCGAGGAAAUUCUUCCGCCAAAUCAUUUCCGCUCUCGAUUUUUGCCAUGCGCAUAAUAUUUGUCAUCGAGAUCUGAAGCCGGAGAACUUGUUGCUUGACGAAAGGAACAAUAUAAAGGUGGCUGACUUUGGAAUGGCUUCCCUUCAAGUGGAGGGAUCGAUGCUGGAGACAAGUUGCGGCUCACCUCAUUAUGCCUGUCCGGAAGUGAUCCGGGGUGAGAAAUACGAUGGCCGAAAAGCGGAUGUCUGGAGUUGUGGUGUCAUUCUCUAUGCUCUAUUAGUGGGAGCACUUCCUUUUGAUGAUGAUAACCUACGAAAUCUUCUCGAAAAAGUGAAAAAGGGCGUCUUCCACAUUCCCCACUUUGUCCCUACAGAUUGUCAAAAUCUUUUGAGGUCGAUGAUUGAAGUUGACCCACAAAAGAGAUAUUCCUUAUCCGAAGUGUUCCGCCAUCCCUGGGUUGCAGGGAGCACUCGAAAUGAUCCCGAACUCGAGCUACCCAUGGCCCAAGUUGUUCAGACCCACAUCAUUCCCUCUGAAGACAGUAUAGAUCCCGAUGUUUUCCGACACAUGUCGAAUCUCGGAUGCUUCAAGGAUAAAGAGAAACUCGUUAGGGAACUCUUGUCUACAAGGAGGAGACCGGCACAAGAAGAUGAUACGGAAGUGGUGCUGAGGGGAGCCACUGUGAAUGCGGAUCCGCCAAGAAAAAGAACGGAUAGCAGCAGGGCGAAUAGAUAUGCUGUUGGUAGCAUAGCCGAUGGUAGCCCGAUCAACCCGAGGAAAACCUAUGGGAGAUACAGAAGUGGAAGACACUCCUCACUUGGUGGCUCACCCAAUGAGUCUCCACGAUCUUCUACAAGAGAUCUGUUCAAUUUCUCCUCUUCAAGCAACAAUAGUUUCUCUGCUAGAGGUUUUGAACCAGAGCGAAGUCGUUCGACGACCAGAAAUCAGAACAAUUAUCACUAUUACACGCAACCGGUCGAUCCACAAACUUUGGCUGAAGCUGCAAGACAUGUGAGACAAGCGAGGGAACAACAGGAGCGACAAUCAGCCGACCGACAACCAUCGUCCGAUCCUACAAGAACUUCUCCUCCAUCCGGUGUCCCAUCUCCAUCCUAUACACAAACAGUCAACCCAAUGACUGAAUCGACACUCUCGAUUGGAACUGGAAUCACUUCGAACGCUUCUAGUACAAACAGUCUAAUCACAGGAAAUUCUCAAAAUCAACUUGGCUCCUCAUCAGGUCCUUGGAGAAUGAAGCUAUCGAAUAUCAAGAAUUCGAUCAUGGGAACACCGAGAUUCCAUCGGAGAAAGAUGAGCAAUGGACAAGAAAGUGAUGGGGAGGAUUCACAGAUGUUGGACACUACUGACUUGGUGAAAAAGUCAUGGUUUGGCUCAUUGACAUCGUCGAUGAGUGUGGAGAGGGAUGAUACUCAUUGUGUGCCUGUACAAGGGAGGACAUUGAAUGGGAUCAAAGCUGAGCUGAUUAGAGCGUUUUUGACGAUACACGAGUUGUCCCACUCGGUUGUCGGCCAAAACUGUUUCCGAGUCGAUCGAGGAGUCAAAAUGAAUGUCGACAUAAUCACAAGCCCCCAACAAUCACCAAGCGAACCACCAAUGUACGUUGUGCAAUUCUCUUUGCUAGCAGGUCCCGUUCGACGAUUCAAGCGCUUGGUUGAGCAUUUGAGCUCAAUAUUGCAGAAUGCCACGCAGCAGAGAUCGGAGCGUCAAGCCGCGCAACAGAUGAUGGUCCGUCCUCGUCGUCUCUCCGACUCGUCGGUGAGCAGUGCAUGCAGUGAUGGUGGUGGAGGAUCGGAGGGACUUUCCAUCCCACAAAGACAACCAGUGCAUGCCACCUCGUCAAUGGGUCCAACGGGGAGCUCUGGGAGAGAGAUGACCACCUCAUCUCUCUCCUCUCAUCUUCCCUCCCAUUUGGUGCAUCAAGGAUCUUCCGGACUUCUCACUCAUGCGGACAAGAUCGAGUCGCAAAUCCAAGUGGAACCGGUUCAAAACUCGUACAAUCGUCACUCAAGCUCGAUGAAGUCCGUUGGCUCAAAGAGCCAGGAUUAUGGUAAAUCCCCGAUUCCACAGCGACGCAACACCACCGCUGUGAUCAUUCAAUCGAGGCAACAAUUGUCCCGAUUUGCCUCCAAUCCAGUGGCCACUCUAUUGGGCAAAUCCGGGGAUUCUUCUACAGCUAAAACAAUAGCAUCUGAUUCGAAUCCGAGUUCUCCGCGAUUCACCAACGCUCACCCAUUUGCCCAUUCCGAGCCGACGACCCCAAAGUGCCUCACCAUGCCCUCUUCUAAUCCCUACUCCGGCCGACCGAAUCUUUCUAUUAUGGGAACUCCUGAUCAUGUU